GUGAGAGUCACGCCUGGAUUUCAGUACAAGUGACAGGAGGUUAGCUACAAAUCGUGAACGUUGCUACAGGUUCUGUUUUUUGUCCGACAAUGAUGAGGGGUACAGCAGCGCCCACUUACAAUUUUUCAAUAGGUUUCACGACUUUUCUAGUCUUGGGUUUCCUUCUGACCAUUUGGAAUGCUGAGCCGGCUCUUGGUGACAAAGAGUCAAAAACCCUCAGGCACCUAUUUAAAAAACGAAUGAAACGUGACACUAAUUGUGACAGAGAAUUCAUUACAAAAGAAAUGACCAGCAAUACUAUGUUGCCUGUGCUUUAUACUGCUGCACAGUUAGAUACAUGUUUGAACAAUAGUGUGUUGAUGUCAAACCUCACUGAACUGGGACAUAUAGCUUUUAACAGCAAACAGCUGCUUAUUCUAAAAAAGAAAUUGGGAGAGAUAUACACAAACGGACUGCCAGAGGAGCAGAUACGACAGCUGGGAUUCAUUAUUACCAUGUAUGGCCCUGACGAGAUCAGCAUGUGGAACAUAACGAAUGCGGACACCCUUGCAUUUGUACUAAGGAAUAGCCCAAAUCUGGACACGACCAAAAUAGUUGUUCGAAAUUAUGUGCAGGGAUCUGGGCCACUGACUGCUGUUGCAUUGGAUGCGAUUGGUGGUCCAUUAUUGUGCACUCUGCAUGAAAAGAACCUCAUGACCAUUCAACCCACUGAACUGAAGAAAGCCAGGCCACUGAGUAUUUCCACGUGUACCCAGGCGAAGAAAGACAUACUCUUUGGGAUCGCUAAAGUUGCAUUCCAGGAUCUUGCUGGUGAUCUCAAAGCCUAUUUUAACCAACUCAAGCCAUAUAUUGGUGGUGCACAAGCUUCUGAUUUACAAAGAUUAGCUCCUGGCAACAUCAACAUGGACUUCCAGACAUUCAGCAGCCUCAAUCCAGUGGAAGUGGAAGAACUCAUUGCCCAGAACAUUCGAGAUCUGCUCGGAAUUAACCUGAAUUCCCUUAAAGAGAAUGAAAACCAUGAAAUAGUACGGCGUUGGGUUAACACACACACAGUGGCUGAGGUGAUGAGUCUGGGAAUUGGCCUUAGAGGUGGAAUAUCCCCGGCUGGACUUGGGAAUCUUUCCAUUCUGCCAUUGCCUGGUUCUGCUACAGUCAACAGCUACAGUCUCCUGCUCUCCAUCUGCGUUGCUGUGUUGGAAAUCACUUUGCAAUGCCUUCCAUAAAUAGUGUUUCAUCCCGUUAUGCUACCUACUGUGUUAAAUGGAAAGAAUCAUGAAGGAUACUGAAGAAGGUUUAAAAAGCUCAGCACAAGUAGAUUGAAUUCUGUUUAUAACGUUGAAAUGACUGUAAACUAGCUUUCUAGGCAUUGUGCUGAUCAAUUGUAAAACAAAAUAAUUUAGGGU